UGGCAGGGUCUUAGACUACGAAACGCCAACGAAACGAAGGUCAUGGUUCUUCUUUUUAUCUUUUUUCACUUUAGCACCACCCAAACGAACCUUUAACCUUUUUCAAUUGUCUUCGCCUUUAUUUGCCCACUCCAUCCUUUUAAAAUCCUCCGAAUGCAAACGCAAAACGCGGAAUCGCUAGUCACGCGGAUCGCACUGCCGCCAUGAACAAGUCGCACUCCAAGAACUCCGAGUCCUCCACUCAGUGCGACUCGCCCGCCCACUUCCACUCCCCCAUGCACUGGGACCCCACCGAUCUGCCGGAGGAGUACCUCUCGCCGGAAAGCGCGCCGGAAAAACACGCCGACAACUCCUUGGCCGUCGUCACCGUCAGCAGCAUGCUCAAGCACUUCAAGCCUGAGAAGCAACCGGACCACCGCAAGCCGCAGGAUAACAACGCGGCAUCGGCGCUCACGGUCUUCAACGCCCCCGCGACGGAGCCCCGGGAGGAGCCUCAGCGACCGGCGGUCGGCGGAGGGGAACGGAGGCCGAGGCUUUCGCCGGAGCGGCGGAAGUCGGCGGAGACAGUGAGCAAGGCUGCGCUAGGGUUCCGGCUGAGCGAGGUGGUGGUGUGUCUGAUUUCGUUCUCUGUUAUGGCGGCGGAUAAGACGCAAGGUUGGAGUGGCGAUUCCUAUGACCGCUACAGAGAAUAUAGGUAUUGUUUAUCUGUGAAUGUCAUUGGCUUUGCAUACUCAGCAUUACAGGCAUGUGAUCUGGUAUAUCAAUUAGCCACGGAGAAACACUUAAUCAAUCAUCACCUUCGCUACCACUUCGAUUUCUUCAUGGAUCAGGUUGUGGCAUAUCUUCUGAUAUCGGCAUCAUCAUCUGCAGCCACACGGGUUGAUGACUGGCAAUCGAAUUGGGGGAAAGACGAGUUCACUGAAAUGGCAACUGCUUCAAUUGGAAUGUCCUUCCUUGCUUUUGUUGCCUUUGCUAUCAGCUCACUCAUCUCUGGUUACACCCUAUGCAAUCGCACCUCCAUCUGAACUUCUUAUAACUUGUCUCUCCAUACACUUCUCUUUUGUUCAUGUAUGUAUAUAUAUACAGUUUCACUAUAUUGUUCGUGUGGAGAAGCAGAAUUUCCUUCUAUGUCCUAAUUAUUAGAUAUAGGACUGUAAACCCAGAAACGAGGGCUUUUGUUAUCCACUCCCAAAAGAAAAACCAACGGCAUUUCGGGAAAUUAUGAGUAAAUUGAUCAAAUAAGGAAAAACCUACAUUCUAGUUUCCCCUGUUUUA